UUAUCGGCCACUGCCAUCUGGCCACACUACAUCGAUGUUUCCUUUUUGCAGCAACUUUUUGCAGAAAAAAAACGAAAACAAAUCGGAAAAAGACGGAAGUUAGUGCUCUUUGCUGCCGCCGGUGAUGUGCUGAAAUCGCCUCACCAAAAUAGUCUAAACCCGCAAGUGAAUAAGCAAGUGCAAUUUAAAGCAACGGCAAAAAUAACAACAAAAAGCAGCAAACAUGGCACUGAAGAAAGUGAAGGGUAACUUUUUCGAGCGUAUGUUUGAUAAAAACCUCACCGAUUUGGUGCGCGGCAUUAGGAACAACAAGGAUAAUGAGGCCAAAUACAUAUCGACGUGCAUCGAGGAAAUCAAACAGGAGCUGCGACAGGACAAUAUCAGUGUCAAGUGCAAUGCGGUGGCCAAGCUGACCUACAUACAAAUGCUGGGCUACGACAUCUCCUGGGCAGGCUUCAACAUCAUCGAGGUGAUGAGCUCAUCCAGAUUCACCUGCAAGCGAAUUGGCUACCUGGCGGCCAGUCAAUGUUUUCAUCCGGAUAGUGAGCUACUCAUGCUGACUACGAAUAUGAUACGCAAGGAUCUCAACUCACAGAACCAAUAUGAUGCCGGUGUGGCGCUGAGUGGUUUAAGCUGCUUUAUAUCUCCCGAUCUGUCCCGCGAUUUGGCCAAUGAUAUUAUGACACUGAUGAGCUCAACAAAACCGUAUCUGCGCAUGAAAGCCGUCCUUAUGAUGUAUAAAGUAUUUUUACGCUACCCCGAAGCUUUGAGACCUGCAUUUCCCAAACUCAAGGAGAAACUGGAAGAUCCAGAUCCAGGUGUUCAAUCAGCUGCCGUGAAUGUUAUUUGUGAAUUAGCGCGUAAGAAUCCAAAAAACUACCUUCCGCUGGCGCCGAUCUUCUUCAAGCUGAUGACCACAUCGACCAACAACUGGAUGCUGAUCAAGAUCAUCAAGCUGUUCGCGAGCCUCACGACAAUUGAACCGGCGCUGGGACGCAAAUUGACUCAGCCCCUAAUUGAAAUUAUUUCCAGCACCUCGGCGAUGAGUCUCCUGUACGAGUGCAUCAACACGGUGAUCGCGGUGCUCAUCAGCAUCAGCAGCGGCAUGCCCAACCACAGUGCCUCCAUCCAGCUCUGCGUGCAGAAGCUGCGCAUCCUCAUCGAGGACUCCGACCAGAAUCUGAAAUAUCUUGGACUGUUGGCCAUGUCGAAGAUCCUGAAGACGCAUCCGAAGAGCGUGCAGGCGCACAAGGACCUAAUCCUCGCCUGCCUGGACGACAAGGAUGAGUCGAUACGACUGCGUGCUUUGGAUUUGCUAUACGGCAUGGUUUCGAAAAAGAACCUAAUGGAGAUUGUGAAGCGUUUACUCGGCCACAUGGAACGGGCGGAGGGCUCGGCCUAUCGGGACGAACUGCUGUACAAGGUGAUCGAGAUUUGUGCGCAGAGUUCGUACCUCUAUGUGACCAACUUCGAGUGGUAUCUCACGGUGCUCGUGGAGCUGAUUCAGUUGGAGGCGGGCUCGCGACAUGGUCGUCUGAUUGCCGAGCAGCUGCUUGAUGUUGCGAUUCGAGUGCCUGUGGUUCGGCAAUUCGCUGUUAAUGAGAUGACCAACCUGCUGGACACGUUCACCGUCUCGGCGCAAAGUAACUCCAUGUACGAGGUGCUCUAUGCCGCCGCCUGGAUUGUCGGCGAAUUCGCUGGCGAACUGGAGGAUGCGGAGAAGACCCUAAAUAUCUUGCUGCGUCCAAGACAAUUGCCCGGUCACAUUCAGGGUGUCUAUGUGCAGAAUGUGAUAAAGUUAUUUGCUCGACUGGCCACCACGUGUUUGGAGCUGCAGGAUCUUCCCGGUUUAGUGAGACUCUGUGACCAUGUGCUGGAUAAGCUGCAACACUUUAAUGGUUCCAGCGACAUCGAAGUGCAGGAGAGAGCCAAUUCCGCUUGCAUGCUGAUCGAAAUGCUGCGCAACCAGCUUUCAACGACAGAGGACGCCAUCUCCAUGGAGACGACGAUGACGGAUGGCGGCAUUCCGCCGCUGGCCAUUGAGAUUGUCCAGGAGAUGACGCUGUUAUUUGCUGGCGAACUGAUUCCGGUGGCGCCCAAGGCGCAAAGGAAAGUGCCCCUGCCGGAUGGCCUCGAUCUGGAUGAGUGGAUCAAUCCACCGCCGCCGGAGGAUGCGGCGAGCAGUUCGUCCUCGGAGCACGACAAGGAUGAGCUCUUUGUCAGCGCCUCGCAAGGCGGAACGGGAGUGGACGGCGGUGGUUCGGGGAGCGGCGGAAAGCGACGACCGAGCUUGGAACUGACUCCCGAGCAAUUGGAACGCCAGCGGAUGGCCCGACUCAUCGAGCAGUCGAACAAUCCUCACUACCUCAAGUCCACGCCAACGGCGAGUGGUGGUGGCUCAGCGAAUGCGGAUCAGUAUGACAAUAUCGACGAUAUACCCAUCACGGAGCUCCCACUGGACAUGGAGGGCGUGGCCGAUCUUCGAGUGGGCAUCACCAAGCGAUCGGAUAAAUAUCUCCAGGAGCAGCAGGCGGCGUCUCAGGGCGGCAAGGAUGGCAAGAAAAAGCAUAAAAAGGGCAAGAAGAGCAAAAAGGCCAAGAACAAAGUGGCCUACAACAGUAGCUCCGAAUCGGAAGGUGAGCCGAAACCCUUGCACAUUGUGAACACCACGCUGGACAUGCCCGAAGGUGUCUCCUUGUCGGACAGUGAGGAUAAGGAUGGCAGAUACGACCCCAAUGAUCCGCAUCGUGCUCUGGAUAUAGAACUGGAUAUAACGGACUUCGAGGCGCCCGCGGUGAGGUCGUCGUCAAAGAAAUCGGCGGCGGCGGGCAAGGAGAAUCUCAAGGUGCCGUCAGAGUCGGCGGGCAGCAGUAGCACCUCGAAGAAGGACAGGAAAAAGGACAAAGACAAGGACAAGGAGCGAAAGGCGAAGCGGGAGAGCAAGCGGGAUCGCAAGGAGGCGAUAACUCCAGCCGCCCAGCCGGUGAUCGAUCUCAUCGAUGCCGAUACGCCCACGGUCAGUCCCAGCCACACAUCCGCCCCCAGCAACAGCAACAACGACAACAACAAUAGCAACAAUAGCAUCCUUCCAGAUGCCGCCAGGCAUCACAAAAAAAAGAAGAACAAGGAGAAGUCAAGGGAAGCGGCAUCGGAAGCCAUCAUCGAUGUGCAGCUGGCGGUGGGGGAUCAGGAGGAUCAGGUGGCGUCCAAGGCGCACAAGAAGAAGCAUAAAAAGGAGAGGUCGCAGCGCAAGGAGAAGAAGGCUUCCGAAUCUGCAUCUGCAUCAGCAUCAGCAACCGUUUUGGCCAGCGACUACGAACAGCCACUGGGAAUCUCAACGCCCAGCAAAGAGAUUUUUUAAUUGCUAAGCUCCAAGUUCCACUAUUCUAAUUAUUAUUAUUAUUCUUAUUAUUACGAUUGUCAGAACCUUGUUUAAUUUUUUUGUCGCGAUUCUGUCAACGCGUUUAUUCAACUGAAAAGAGAUGAAGCAAAUUCGAGCUUUCCAAUUUCGUUAAGUUGAAACAGUUGCCUCCUAACAUAAAAAAAAAACUAAACAAAUUAUCGCUGCGAUAUAAAAACAAAACCAACAUUGAACAAAUUGAAAAGCUAACAAAAAAGAAACAUAAUAAACCGUAUAUAUAUAUAAAUAAUUAUUAAUUUAUAGAAGUGUAAUUUUAACGUGUAAAAUGCCGCCAGUCUGCCAAUUGCGGCUUAAAAGAAGAAACAAGCGACAAACGGAAAACAGAUGGAUGGAAAAUAAGAUGAUCAACUAUAAAUCAUAGAUCGAUGCCACAAAUCGAUCCCUGUGUACUAUCUAUUUUUGAUGAAUUUGUAGCCUAGAGCAUGCGAUUCCACUAAAACACACCCACAAAACACAGACAAUUAUAUACCUAUAGUUAUAUGAUAUGGAAUUUUAUAGAGAAUCCCCACACAGAACAAAGCAAACUGCAUGGAUUGUAAAAACAAAAAACAAAUUAUAUAUAUAUAUAUAUAUAUAUAUACACGUACAUGUAAACCAUAUGAAUCAAACUUAAAGUACUGCUAUACCAUUAAUUACUAAACAACUGAGACAAAAACGGAACAGAAGCUAAGUGAAAUUAUACAUGCAUACAUGCUAUAUUAUAUACAAACACCCACACUCACACACAACCACAUACAAAUAUAUAAACGUUAAAUAAAAGAAAAGUACAAUACAGUUGAA